AUUCAGACCCGCUGAUCGGUUCCCCGUGAGGCCGAGGCUCCGGAGGAUUACGCCCCGCAGCGUGAAGCGAGCAGCCCGGUCCCCGGGAGUCCGGUCCCCCCCCCCCCCACACCCGCCCGAGGCCUUCCGUGGUCCCCCGCUUGUCCUGGCUGGUUGGGCAGCGGAGGUUGUGCACGUCGAGGGUUUUUUUUUUGUUAGUUUUUUUUGGGGAGGAGUUGUUGGCCAAUGUGAGGAAUACCGAGCGAGAAGCGAGGAGACGGAGCGCUGCUGCGAAGUUAGGAGGUACACGUUCCUCGCGAGGAGGUACAUCUCCUCGCCCGAGCCCUGACCUUUGACCCCUUACUCCUUCUCCAACCAUGGCACACCGAUCUCAGAGUUCAUCGGUCGGUGAUAACCCCCUCGACCCAAACUACCUGUGCCCUCAUUACCGUGAGGAGUACCGCCUAGCUGUUGAUGCUCUGAUAGAAAAUGACAUACAGGGUUACUUUGAGUUCCUCCAGAAAGAAGACUUGGUCAGUUUUCUGUCCCAGACAGAAAUUGAAUUUAUCAAGUCAACAAUCCAUACGCCCAGCCAGACAUCCGGUGUCCCAGAGCUGACGUACCACGAGGCAGGUCAGGAUGUCGAUGGCUCCUCCGACACAUACUGGCCCAUGCAGUCCGACAUGGACGCCCCGGGGCUGGACCUGGGCUGGCCGCUGCCACAGCAAAGCUUCAUGGGGCCCACGGAGGUCACUGCUCUGGUCAACCCUCCCGACCCAGACAUGCCAAGCAUCAAGAUGCAGGCCAGGAGACUCAUCAAGAAUGCACGCCAAGUUAUUGCUGUGGUGAUGGACACGUUCACAGAUGUUGACAUUUUUGCGGAUCUUCUGGAAGCAGCUGCCCGCCACAUUCCAGUUUACAUUCUGCUGGAUGAGCAGGAAGCCCAUCACUUUGUUUCUAUGGUCGUCAACUGCAAAGUCAACUUGGACAUGCAUCCUAUGGUGCGGGUGAGAACUGUAGCAGGAAUAACCUAUUAUUCCUGCACCGGGAAAUCAUUUAAGGGGCAGGUGAAGGAUCGUUUCCUACUUGCUGACUGCAAAGCUGUACUCAGUGGCAACUACAGUUUCAUGUGGUCCUUUGAGAAGAUCCACCGCUGCAUCGCCCACCUCUUCCUUGGAGAGCUGGUCAGCUCCUUUGAUGAAGAGUUUCGCAUUCUCUUUGCUCAGUCAGAGCCUCUAGUCAUUGACCCAUUCAACAGAGCACUUGCCCCAUCUGACUCCAGCAGCACCAGCAGUUACUUGGGCAGCCAGUACGGUCUGAAGAGGACCCAGUCUUUGCGUAACCACGUAGGUUACCGCAGGCAGCCUGAGCUUCCAGCUGCCUACCCCUAUGCAGACCCCGAUCGUAACCCCGCGCUUCCUUUCCAAAGGGCCGAUCCAUUUCGUCACACCAUUGAACCUGGUCCAGGAAUUACAAUCGGAAAAUAUUCCCAGCAACAGUUUCGUCUUCAGCAGUCAUACAUGGAGCAGGGGAAGUCCUUGGUUUCCAGACAAAUGGAGAUGAGUAACACCGCCUACAACAGGCACAGCUAUGCAGAGGGGACCCAGGAAAACUACUCAUCUUCGAGGCAGUAUAUGAGGCAAAGAGUCAUGAAUAAUCUGGAUGAGACCCAUUUUCAAAGGGAGCAGACCCAAAGUAGCCAUUACUACAAUGAAGGGCCCGGGCCGGGAUCUGGCCAAGGACACCAUGACAGACUUCGAGGUCGUCCUUCACCACUCCCCAUUGACCAGUAUUCAAAUUCAAGCUAUCGCUCAGAUAGAGAGCCACCACAAGGAAACUAUGGCUUCUUGUCCUCUGAGGACUUGAGAGGAUCUGAGGGACACCUGGCACCUCCAUUGGCUAGGAGGUAUGGAGGCGAUUCUUCCAGUAAAAGGGGAACCAUUGGUCAGGCAUAUGCCUGCCUGACUUCACCCACGCAGCCCCAUCCGCCGGAGAAGAAACCUACCAAACCAUCAGAUCAAGAGCAUGAUGAAGAUGACGGUGCUAGGCAAGGCAUGAGGAGUUGGAGAAUCCAAUCUUAUCUAAGCGCUUAUGAGGACACUGGAGAGGAAGGUCUGACUCAACCUUUGGGGCCUGAUGCGUUUGAAGAUCUUCCACCCUCUCAGCAGCAAACUGCCACUGAACAUUUGGCUCUUCGCUUUGGAACAAGGGAGCCACCAGAUGUUCCCCCAAAACCCAGACCAGAUACCAUUAGGCCGCGGUAUGGAAAGCCCAACUUACCCGAGGGCAACAACAAAGACUAUGGCCCAACCAAAAUAGUUAGUGACUAUAAAUCAUUUGCACUGGACAAAAAAGCCAAGGAGGCUGAGAGGGAACAGGAGAGAGAAACAGAAAGGGUUGCAGGAAGGGAGGUGGGUGUAGAGGUAAAGGUGAAGGAUAAACCAGAUCUCCUGUCCAAACACGAUUCAUUCCGUACACGUGUUAACCCACUCCUUCAGCGUAGCUCUCGCCUGCGUUCCUCGCUCAUAUUCUCAUCUUCCAAAGUAGAGAUGCACAGUGGUAGCCUCGGCCUAAAAGCAGCAACAGAGGAAGACGAAGUGCUGGACACAGUGCGCACUUCCUCGAUUGUGGCCCAGAUCCUGGAGAAGAGACGGCAAUUGCCUCGUGAGCCCUUCGAGUGGAGAAAGAAGGCAGAAGAAAAGGAGAAGGAGAAAGAGAAAGAAAGGGCAAAAGAGAAGGAUGAAGAAAGGGAGAGGCAGAAAGAAAAAGAGGAAAGAGAGCGACGGCAAGAGGAACAGGAGAUUCAAUUGAAGAUUGAAGCAAAAGAAGAACCUCAGAAAACGAACGAAGAGGGAAAGAAGAUGAAUAUAAAUGACCCAGCCAAUAGACUGCAGUAUUUCAAAGACCUGAAUGAAAAAAGAAAAGCCUCAAAAAUGGAGGUCGAGUCCUCGCUUAAAGCCACAGAGCCUGCUGAAAAAAAGCCAGACCUUUCCGAUAAACCUCCCCUAAAAACUACGAUCCCAGCUGCCUCUGUUAGCUCAGCAGAGCCUGAACCGAAGAAGAUGGACAUCUCUGCAAAACUGAUGGAGCUCACUCGCAGAUCUUCAAUUAGUUCCUCAAAACCACCCAUAAUCGGCAAGCCGAGCCACCUGCGACCUUCGGAGACAACUCAACCACCUAAAGAGGAAAGUGCACCUGAGGUUCCAAAGAAGGACAUGUUCAAGUCUCUAAAGCCCCUCCCUUCACCUAAGCUAUUUAGGAGGGAUCCGUUAAAGAUCAAACCCUUUAAUCCUCGUCGUUCCUGCGGUGAAGAGAUUUUGACCACAGACGCGACGGAUGCAGAAAAGAGUGAACUGAAAAAGAGCCGCUCUCAUAGUUCUUCAACUUCGACACAUGACGAAUCCAGGGAAGGACUGCACAAUGUAAUGGGAUCUAGCACAUCCAUCAAUACGCUUGGUGAAGGGAAGGGUGAGGGGAAGACACUGGACUUCUUAAAGAAGCAAACUCAGAGGCUAAAGGGAUUCCUGGGGCCCAAGGACAAAGAAAAGAAAUCUUCCGGGGACGACAGGAGCAUAAGCACCGUCAGAGAGGCCACUGACGAUUCCAGCAAAAAGCCAAGUUCAUCAGCAACGGACCAAACUUCAGCCAAUCACAAGACAUUGACUGGCGCGUCGGGCCCAUCUCGAUACCAGGGCCAGAGCAGCUCCGUCCUCUACAGCAGCAACCUGCGAGAUGACACCAAAGUCAUUCUGGAGCAGAUCUCAGCCAACAGCCAGAAGAACCGACUGGAGCGAGAAGAGCCGGGAGGGGACCGGGAUGGUGACGGCGGGGAGAAGGGGCUGGAGGGACAAAACUCCAUCAGAAAGAGUCGUUUCUUGAAUCCACACGCCAACGUCCAGGAGCGGGAGGGGUUACUGAAGAGGAUGGAGAGUAUGAGGAAGGAAAAGAAGGUCUACAGCCGCUUUGAGAUGGGGAAUAACUUGGGAUAACGAAAGGUGGAGGGCCACCUUUUUAAAUGGAGACUUUCUGUGCCAGAUGAUCAAAAAGACCCAUUGCCCGUAUGUGCCAACACCACAACCGAAGAUCCUCUGCGGCUCGACUUUGCUGCCUCACAUGGAUUUUAACAAGAAGCAAUAAAACUUGAAAGACAAUAGAUGAAAAUGCUAAAAACAACCCAAAGUCAUUGGGUCUGGAAUGUGCCUGCGUGCCAAGAUCUGGUAUGACUUUGACCGUAUAUGGUGACUGAGACUGCACGCCGGCUAAUGUUCUACUAAAUGGAAAUAAAGGUAGGGCGAUUCACCCCAAACUCAACUUGUAUGAACGUGGCUGAGGGAGUUAGAGACACUGAAAGCAAGACUGUACGCAACCCACCUGCGGGAAAGAAAAUUGAUCCAUGUCUUUGAAAAAACAACUUACAACGCCAUUGUUGUGCAAUGCUGGUAAUUGUUUGAAAGUGAAUGUGGAUUCACUGUGUGCCAGAGGGGACACUUAUUAACCUAGAAUGGAUAUCAAAGAUAAGAAGAUUAAGAGUUAUAAAAUCAGACCAAGAAUUGAUAAAGGUUGAGAAUUUAAAGGCAAAUAUAUGAGAUCAUAGUUAAUGAAAGAAACGGUAGAAGAAAAUCAGAAAUGUAUAAUUGUGAUGUUAAAGCAGAGGGUCGCAUGCCUUUGUGUCGUGCAUGGGGGUUGUGAACCUACUUCUCAGGGUGGAAGAUGUCAAAAAACAUUCAGAGAGGGACAUACAGUCCCUAGUGGUGGGCGGAGUGGGGUUCUAAAUAAAAGUGUGCUAGUUUUGUGUAAGUAAAGACAGAUUGGACUAAAGAAUGUGCCCCAGUUUGGUUUCUUUGACUUCUCACUUUUAAAUUAGUCAUGACCUGUAAAGGGAGGAAGAAGCACCGCCUGCUGCCUUACGUAAGUCCCUUAGCUCCUGAGUCCUACGCCCUACACACAGCUGAUAACACCGUUGUUGCUCGGUAAAUACCAGUGCAACAGAGCUUCAAUCACACAACCGUUUCCAGGCUGUUCGAGAGGGAUUCAAACCGUUCAAUGUGUUUUCGACAGUACGUAAGGGACGAUCACCAUGUUGACACUUCAGGGGUUACACUGUUUUCUAUACGAGAUUAUAAUGUACAUUUAUUUCAAAAGGGGCUUGUUAAUAAUCUACAUAGCAAAAGGAUGUGGACAAUCGUCAUUGUACGUUCAAAGUGCCUUGGGUUUAUUUUAAUUGAUGUGUAAGUAUGGGGUCUGUAAAAACCAAUUGGCAUUAUGUGGGGGGAAAUUCAUUGCACAAGGUCAAUGUGUUGUUGUUUUAUGAGACCUCGGAUAGUAUUAAAUUGUAUUUGAAACUCUGCAAAAAUGUCUUUCAUUAAAUAUCUUUAAACAUUAA